GUUCCUCUUCAAAUCGGAUGUUAGCUUGAUUGUUAAGCGUGAGUCAGGUGGUGGUUUAUUUGUUUUUUUCGUCUCUCCGUUGAAAAGUUCACCUACGGAUUGACGUCGCAUCAUCAUAAACAUGCCCAAACACGAGUUUGCCGUGGCCAUGACGUGUGAAGGAUGUUCCGGCGCUGUCAGCCGAAUUCUCAGUAGGUUGGAAGAUGUCAAGUUUGAAAUUGACCUCCCGAAUCAGCUGGUGUGGAUCGAGUCAGACAAGGACGCUGACAUUCUGCUGGAGACGCUAAAGAAGUGCGGCAAACAGGUCACCUACAAGGGCACCAAAUGAAAACAGGGACGAGCCACUUUUUGUGGUGCCAAAUGAAGGAAUGAGCUUCAAUUGUGGACAUCAUAGGAUUAACUCUCAACGACAUUCUUUUAUUUAAAUCGUGACUUGUACGUGAUGCAUUCCAUGCUAACGCCAUCAAAGAGAUGCCAUUAUAUGCUGAUUUUUUUUUUUUGAAACAGAACACCAAUUUUUAAAUCUUUUGAUUUCUGUCCUUGACACCACAAUUAAUAUCUAACACUAAAAACAAACAAAAAAACAACCUUAAAAAACAUCUUCACUCACUUUUGUAGCAAGGAAAAAAAAUUGCAUGCUACGCAUGUACUGUACGUUAUCAAUGCAAUAAAGUUACAAACUUCAA